CGUGAGUGCUGGUCUUCGAAGUUCGAAGUCGUGGUGGCCAAGCGCCAAAUUUACAUCAACAAGACAGGCAGCAUGAGCCGUGUCAUCGUCAAGGGCAAGGCGGUCGUCGACCCUCUCUCCAAGAUGGCCGAGUCGGGCACGGUGCUGCAAGAGGCCGAUGGCACAGUGUGGUCGGUCAUGCUCACGCUCACGGACGUCUCAUUUGGCGUCAAAGGGCACAACAAGUUUUACGCGAUCCAAAUCAUCCUCCGCGACACGGCCGUGCACGAAGCGCACGUCUUCUUCAAGUGGGGCCGUAUCGGCGCCAAGACGCCGCAGCGGAAGCUCAUGGGCCCCAUGACGGUGGACGCGGCCAAGUCGCUCUUUACCGCCAAGUUUGAGCUCAAGACGGAGAACGCGUGGCCGCUCGAUGCAACGCCGUUCGAGCCCGUGCCUGGCAAGUACACGCUCAUCGAGCUGGACUACACCGGCGACGACAACGACGAGGAAGCACCGGCGACACCGGCUGUUGACGUGCCGCCGUCGCAACUGCCGUCGUCGGUCCAAGCCUUCGUCAAGAUGAUCUGCGAUGUCGACUUGAUCGCGCAAGAGAUGGCCGAGAUGCACUUGGAUCUCAAGCGCAUGCCGCUGGGCAAGCUCUCCAAGCAACAGAUCGACAAGGGCUACGCGAUCCUCGACCGCAUCUCGGGGGCGCUGCAAGACUUGGCGAGCCUCGAGGCUGAAAAGCCGGCGACCGACGAUGAGGCAGACGAGGGGGCACGCUCGACGCGUCGUCGGUCGACGCGCAAGAAGGCGCUGCCGACAAAACUGCGCACGCAGCUCACCAAGUGCAAGGCGCAGCUCAAGUCGCUUUCGAGCGAGUUUUACACGCUCGUGCCGCAUGACUUUGGGAUGCACCUGCCGCCCGUGAUCGACUCGAUCUGGGAACUCAAACUCAAGCUGGAUUUGCUCGAAGUGCUCUCGGACGUCGAGAUCACGCAGAGAAUGAUCAAGAACAAGACUGCCGUCGACAUGAACCCGGUCGACGCCCACUACGCGUCGCUACACACGGCCAUGGACGAGGUCGACCCCGCGUGUGAUGAGUUCAAGCACAUCCAAGAAUAUAUUGCGCUCACGCACGCGCCGACGCACCGCCAGUACGCACUCCGAGUCGACGCCAUCCACCGCGUCCAACGCGAGGCCGAGGCGGAACACACGGCCAUCUUUGACGCGGUCGGCAACCACCAGCUGCUCUGGCAUGGCUCGCGACUCGCCAACAUUGCCAGCAUUUUGACCAAAGGCCUCCGCAUUGCGCCACCCGAGGCGCCGUCGACGGGCUACAUGUUUGGCAAAGGGGUGUACUUUGCCGACGUGGCGUCCAAGUCGGCCAACUAUUGCUGGGCGACCGCGACGCAAACCAAGGGCGUGCUCAUGCUCACCGAAGCGGCCCUUGGAAAGACGCACGAUGUGCUGGAAGCGGAAGAGUUCAACUACGACAAGGUCGAGCGCCUCGGGUGCGACUCGGUCUUUGGCGUUGGCCGCAUGACACCGGCCGCCGAGACCCAUUUCACCGACAACGGUGUGCGUAUGCCCAAGGGCGAGCUGGAGCCCACGGACGCCGACGGCUCGCUCCUCUACAACGAAUACGUCGUCUACCGCACCGAACAAGUGCGUCUCCGCUACGUCGUCACAUUGCACUUUGACUUUACGACGGCAUGAGCAACUGGCGCACGAGGGCGUGCGUCGUGUCGGCCUUGCGCCCGUGGUGCCAGUGCGCAAACGACGCUGCUGUUGUAGGCGGCAUUUUGCUCUCGACUUGACUAGUGUAGCGAUACAAACUACAUUUCAUUGGCAA